CAUUUAGGUUUGUGUUCUGGGGCGCAACGAAUUAGGCGUAUAUUCGGCGAAUCGGCAUCUACCCACUGAGUUUUGUGGCGCAACUUCGGUGGUUCGAGCUGCACUAUCAUGUUUUAUAAACAUUUUGUGAUUCUGUGAGUGAUGCUUGUCAGCCUAUGUGUUAUCUGCUUGUUUCGGGCAACUCAGUUUUAAAUUCGUGUGUAUCACCUGCUGUAUUUCCAAGAUUAAUCUAAAAUGUUUGAAAUAACGAGUAAUAAGGGAUGCCGGAAUCUAUUUAUUGACAACUUUACAUACAGAUCAUUAGGAGAGUUGAAGAGUGGGGAGGAGAGAUGGAGGUGUACUAAAAAAUGUUGCAAAUCUGUGAUUUUUACAUUGGAAAAUGGAAAGCUGCUUUCGAGAGAACGUGGCGAGCAUAAUCACCAACCAAAACUGUGCCACCAUGAGUGAGAGUAAGGACAGUGAGAAAUUGUCUACUAUGUUUAGUGAGAGAGGUGCAAAGUUGUUAUUGUUGAACGGUUUCAAGUUUACGAAGAACAGGAAGACGAAGACUGGUCAAAAGUGGCGUUGUUGUUUUAAAAUGUGUAAGGCGCAGUUGUUUACGGAUGACAACGGCGAGCAGCUAUUGCAAGCUAAAGUUGAGCAUAACCAUGAACCGCCUGCCAACCUCCAUCGCAAGAUUAUAUCAAACAGCAUCCGAAUGAAGUGCAAGGCUGGUGAAGCUUCAAAUCAACGGCCCGCCAAAAUCAUAAAGACUGAAAUUGAAUCUGCACCAGAUAACAUCAGUGAAAAAAUCACAAAGAAAGACGUGGAUAAUAUUCGGAGAAAUCUGUACACCGCAAAAAAAAGUGAAGUGUCCAAAUUUAUAGAAGGCAUCCACAAGGCUUUGGACAGCAUCCCGCCUACAAAGACGACUGAAGCCAAGAACGAGGUAUUGAGGAAAGCUGUUACCAACAAAAUCAAGAUAAAACAAGAAGAAGAUUUGGGUAUCAAACCAUCCAAACUGGUCAAAGAUGAACUUGCUAAAAACACGGAAGUACUCCAACAGUUAUCGAAGAGGGAUAUCAAAUGUAUCCGAGAUAACGUAACUAAUCAUCGCCUGAAAAAACUCUCAAAGUCAUCAUCUUUGGAAGCACAAGAGGUGGAAUUGAGCGAUGUAUUAAGCUCAGGGUCCGAAGAGAAUCCAGAUUUGUGUUUGCCUAAUGGUUCGGGCAAUACAGGUGGUUCAAGUUCAGGGAGCCAAGAGGACAGUUUCGAUUUGUUCGGCAAAUACAUUGCUUCAUUGCUACGCGGCAUUGGCAAUCCACAUGCUCUCAAAUUGCAAUCAUCAAUCACAUCUCUAGUCACGAAAGCCAUGUGUGAUACUAAUCAGACGAAAAGUUCGGAUACUAAAUGAAUUGUUUCACUGAUAAAAAUAUUAACAGAACUUAAUAAUUCACACUUUGAUAAGUUAGUGUUGAUAAUGUUAUCCAAGAGUUAUUGCAGAUUCCUAUUACGGUACCUAACUUAUUAAUUUAUUGUGAUGAAACGACUGGUUAUCUUUGAAUACCUACUUAUUAUUUCAUUUUUUACAAGCCAAUAUUAUGUAACUUCACAACUCAAUCAUUUUCAUCUUUUUACUAAUAAAAUAAUUGAUCAUAAUAAUUUAUUGCAUCUUCAUACUAGUAUAGAAUAUAUUCCUAUUAUUUCUUUGAUGAUGCGUAUAAGGUCUUUGUUGUUUAAAUUUCUUUCAAGCCAUAGUAUGGCUUAAAAUCAUGUGGUUAUUUAGUAUUCAAUGUUUUAGCCUAAAAUAAUUGACUUUAUAAUAAUUUAUUUCUCUCAGUUGUUUCACUUGUAAAUUAAGUUUUGAUGUUCAUGGCCUAGACAUUCUAGAUGAAAAGUAAGAUAAUAUUUUUCACUUUAUUAGGUAGCUUCUGUAGCCUACUUACAUUUGAUUCCUUGCUGUCAGACAAAUACAUUUUGUGCUUUCCAUGCUUCCUGUAGAAAAAUGAAUGAAUUGCAAGUUAGAUGACAUUCAAAGUUCGGAGAGAGAGAGAGAGAGAGAGAGAGAGAGAGAGAGAGAGAGAGAGAAAGAGAUUAGAUUAGAGCUCUUAUAAUACUGGUUUAUACACUAAUUUACAUGAAAUUACAGUAUUGCUAAUUAUUCGAUGAAUUUUAAAAAGAAUGAAAAAUUAAUUUAUGAGAAUAAAGAUUGAAUGCAAUUUGAAUAACGAUAAUAUAAUAUUGUACUACAUAAACUACAGAACUACAUAAAUCGGAGGUGUUUCAACAAAUAAUUGUCUAACUCUCUACAAAGGAUAUCAAAUAAUAUCCUUCCAUCAACACACGACCGGAGAGAGAGAAAGACAAAGAGUGAGGAGAGGGAGAGAAAGUUAGUGUGUGUGGUGAGAGAGUGGGAGCAGAGACAAAUAAUCAAGGUACUGUAUCUAUACUGUAUGGUAGGAGUGAGAGAGAGGGGAGAGAGAAUGAGUGGUUGGAGAGAUUAUUUUGUUAUAAGUUAAAUGUAAGUGUACAAAAACGUGCUACAAAUAAAUAAAAUUGCAAAUAAUGAUAAAUUAUCGAUGAUAA